AUAUCCACAAUGAGAAUUGGACGUGGCGGCUUCAAUUCGCAAGCACCAGUUUCAAGUUUGAUGCAUUGGCCUCCAUUUUGCGGGCGCCUGGGCUGAGGUGGUGGGUAAUUCCAUUUUGCGGACGCUUGAAGUGAAAUGGCCAUGCGUAUUUUCAUCCCCUUUUUAUUUGUACUUAGUGUUUGGUAAUUAAAUAAUUUUAAAUAAUUAUUUAAAUAAAAAAAAGCCUUCAUUUGGCUAUUCGUUUUGCAAUUUUGUUAUGCUUUUCAACAAGUUAACUAGAAUCAGGGACGGAUUUACUCAGCACUCAGUGGGGGCAACUGCCUCCAGUGAAUUUGGAAAUAUUAAUUAGUAGUUCUUAGUGAAUUGUCUAAUUUGCCCCCACCAUCUAAUUCAUUUUGACCCCAUUGCCCACCCUCCAAAUCCCUAAUCAGCUAACCCUUCUCCUUCCCUUUUUCAAUUUUGUUCUUCUGCUCCAGCCUCCAACCUCCGCUUGACCGCUUCCAGACUCCAGCCCUCAGUUACUGUCGUGUCGUCUGCCGCCACUCGCCCACUCCGUUCAGUCUUUCUCCCGCGUCGGCUCCGUCGGUUUCUCGUUGCAUCGCAGCGUGCCCGCGUCUGGUUCUAGCGCUGCGUUCCUUCAGUGUCUGGUGUAUGGUGAGGUCUUCUUCUUCUUCUUCUUCCUUGGUCUUCACAGCUGCAAGCCUUAAAUCCUCGUCUGGUUCUGUCUUCCCGUUCCUUCGGCGUGUAGAUCUGGUUCUGUCUUCAGCAGUUCAGGGUGUGCGGGGUGUCGCUGGUUCUACCGCUGGGUGCCGCCGUGCCGCUGGUUCUGCCGCUGGUUCUGUCACUGGGUGUCUGGGUCCUGGGUGCCGCUGGUUCUGCCGUUGGUAAUGGAGAAAUAUUUCAAAAGAACUUCAUCAUUGGAGAUUGGAUCCCAAAACAAUUCAUUGACUUCUUCUAACAAGAGGAGAUUUUUAGAAUUCGAAGUAGAGAGUCUCAUAGCAGAUCCAGGACAACGACCAAAGAUUUCAAGUUAUCAUCUGAAUGACAGAGACAAAGUUAGAUGUGCAUGUUUGCAAAAAGGUCCUUGUCAACUAAGGAAUCAUGAUUUUCCGCAAACUGCUUGUGGUUCUUCUUUUCGAAGAUUUAAUUCUAAUUGGUUUGAUGAUUAUGGCAAUUGGUUAGAGUAUAGUAUAUCAAAAGAUGCUGUUUUUUGUCUUUGUUGUUAUCUUAUGAAACCUGAGACUGAAGGUGGCGAUGCUUUUGUAACCAAUGGCUUUUCAAAUUGGAAAAAAAAAAGAGAGAUUACAAACUCAUGUUGGGAUUCAUGAUAGUGCUCAUAAUCAAGUUUGGAGAAAAUGUGAAGCACUUAUGAAACCAAAACAACACAUUAGUGCUGCUAUUGAAAAACAAUCUGAGCAAGCUAAAAAGAAUUAUCAAAUUCAUUUGACAACCAUAAUUGAUUGUAUUAGAUUUCUUUUGCGACAAGGAUUGGCCUUUCGUGGUAAUGAUGAGACAGAUGAUUCUGUUAAUCAAGGAAAUUUUUUGGAACUUCUAAACUUUCUUGCGCAACAUAAUGAAGAGAUUGGUCGUGCUUUCAAAAAUGCUCGUGGGAAUCUUAAACUAAGAGCUCCCUCAAUUCAAAAAGACAUUGUAAAAGCUGCUGCAAGUGAAAAGACAAAAGUUAUUGUUAAUGAUCUUGGGGAUGAAUUGUUUGCUGUUUUGGUUGAUGAAGCCCGCAACAUUUCUAUUAAGGAGCAAAUGUCAGUUUGUUUAAGGUAUGUGAAUAAAGAAUGGCAAGUUAGGGAGCAUUUUCUUGGUCUUGUUCAUGUUUCUAAUACUAAUGCUUUAUCUCUAAAAUUAGCAUUGGAGCCAUUAUUAGAAACAUAUAAUUUAAGUUUAUCAAGAGUACGUGGCCAAGGAUAUGAUGGUGCAAGUAAUAUGCAAGAAGAAUUUAAUGGUUUAAAAACUUUGAUAUUGAAAGAAAAUUCUUAUGCUUUCUAUGUACAUUGCUUUGCUCACCAACUUCAGUUAGCUCUUGUAACGGUUGCAAAAAAACAAGUUGAAAUUGCUUUGCUUUUCAAUUUGUUAACCAAUUUGUGCAAUGUUGUUGGAGCUUCAUGUAAACGAAGAGAUAUGCUUCGUGAUAGUCAGAUGACUAAGACAAUUGAAGCAUUACAAAGUGGAGAAAUUGCUAGUGGACGUGGUUUGAAUCAAGAAAUAACUUUGAAAAGAGCUGGAGAUACUAGAUGGGGUUCACACUAUGGAACUAUACUUAGAUUAAUUUCUUUGUUUCCUUCCGUGGUCAAUCUUUUUGAAUAUGUUGAGGAAGAUGGAAAUAAUUCAGAACAAAGAGCUGAAGCAUGUCAUUUAUUAAAUGUCAUUCAAUCCUUUGAAUUCAUUUUCAACUUACACUUGAUGAAAAAUAUCUUGGGAGUUACUAAUGAAUUAUCUCAAGCGUUACAAAGGAAUGAUCAAGACAUUGUAAAUGCUAUGGCAUUAGUUAAAGUGUCUAAGCAACGGUUGCAAACUAUAAGAGAUGAUGGUUGGUCUCUUUUAGUUGACGAAGUCUCAUUGUUUUGUGAAAAAUAUAAUAUUACUGUUCCAAAAAUGGAUGAUAUAUUUGUGUCACAAGGAAGAUCAAGACGCAAAGCUAAAAGAUCUCAAAUUUGCAUCAUUUUCAAGUUGAGAUAUUCUAUCAAGUAG